UCAUCGCGAGUGUUUACACCUGGAAAUACCCAGCGAUGGUUCACGACGGGAACAAGGACGAGGCGGAGAAAUGCUUGAGCCUGGCGCAGAAACACUUUAAGGAAGGCAACCGGGACAAGGCCAAGAGGUUCGCGCAGAAGGCAGAGAGGCUGUACCCGACGAAGGAGACCGAAGCCUUCCUUGAUUUGCUGAACCGACUAAACGACACGACGAGUCACACGCAGCACAGCAAUGGCACUGCUGGGAGUGAUGGAGACAGAGGAGGGGGCGGAGGGGGCCGGGGAGGGGGCACUAGCAGCGAGGGUUUCCGACAACGACGCACAGCAAGUGCAAGUGACGAAAGAACAGGCUCUUCAAACAGCACCUCCGUAAAUUCUACAGGGGAGUACACCCAGGAGCAGGUGGACUCUGUGAAAAGAAUCAUGAGGUGUAAAGAUUACUACGAGAUUUUAGGCCUGACAAAAGAUGCAACAGAGAGUGAUCUCAAGAAAGCAUAUAGGAAGUUAGCACUACAAUUUCACCCUGACAAAAACAAGGCACCCGGAGCAGGAGAGGCUUUUAAAGCUGUAGGUAAUGCCUUUGCUGUGCUGAGCGACACGGAGAAGAGAAAGCAGUACGACCUCUACGGCCAUGAAGAGCAGAGUUCCACCAGCCACCACAGAAGCUCCGGUGCCCAUGACUUCACCCGAGGUUAUGAGGGUGACAUGACUGCCGAGGAGCUCUUCAACAUGUUCUUCGGGGGCGGGUACCCUGGGGGCAACGUAUACGUGCGCCGGGGAGGGCGGUGGGAGCGAGCCGGCCACGGAGGGGGAGGCCCAAGGUACCACGGGCAGCAGGGGCACCACCACCAGGCCGCACACUCAGAGCAGUCAAACCUCUCGGUGUUUCUGCAGCUGAUGCCCCUCCUGCUCAUCCUACUGCUGUCCUUGGCCUCGUCUCUGCUGUCGUCCGACCCCACCUACUCCCUCUCGCCCACCAGCAAGUACAGUGUCCAGCGUACUACCUCAAACCUUGGGGUCUCCUACUACGUGAAGCCUGACUUUUCGACUGACUACCAAGGAAACAUUAGGCGGUUAGAGCAGCAUGUGGAGGAGGACUAUGUAUCCACUUUACGAAACGCUUGCUUUAAGGAGAAGAAUUACAAGGAAAAUAUGAUAUGGAGAGCCCGGUCCUUUGGCGAUGCACAGAUGUUCAAGAGAGCCCAGGAGUUACGAACCCCUUCGUGCGACUCGCUCCAGAGUCUCUAUAGUUAAGGAUGCACUCCACAAUAAGCUCUGUUAAUGUAGAUCUUGAGCAUUGCUUCAUUCUGCUGUAUGCAGGGAGGCAUAAUCUCUGGUGAGCUGUCAAGGAACAGCACGUGGAAGCUAUUCAGAUGCAGCAGAGAGAGGAAGGAGAGAGAGAGAGAGAGAGAAAAGGAAACUAUGUCAAGCACGUUUUCAUCCAAACUACCCACCUUGCCCUCCAUGCCUUCCUCUCAGACUCUACGGGACGGUUUCUUUCAGGCAGGAGAGAUGAAGCACAUGUAGCUGGGAGAUGACACUGUUAUUUUUGGAUGUUGUGCCUGCAUCUUGUCUUCUUACGAUUGUCUGUUGUUGUUUAUUGUUCCUAGGAGUAUUACUCACUGGUCUUUGGAAUAGUUCUUGCAUUAUACCCCCCCCCCCCCCAUCCCUCCUUUUCUUCUCAUUUUCUUUCUCCUUUAAAAAAAAAAUGUGCAAUAUGCAAAUGAAGCCCAGCCCAGUAAUAUGGCUUGGGUGUAUACUUGUCCCAUUCUGCAUACGUAAGUGAUGCAGCCGCUGCAAGCUUUGUUCUUUCAGUGACAGUGAGAACAAAUCACUCUGGUUUCAACACUGCAUUGUUGCUUAUAUCAUCAUACCCGUCUCAGGUUGCAUAAAGGAAGAAAGAGAGAGAGAGAGACUGAAACAGAGAAAAAAUUAAGAUGUACUUUGUGGAAGUAAUUAGCAUGUUGUGAACACCCAGAAGAUUGAUAAUGCUCUCCUACUUAAAUGAACACUUGAACAGUACUCAUUGUGAAAGAGGAUCAUUGGGUAUGUGGCCUUUAAAAACUUGUUGAUUUUUAAGUCAUUCCUUUAUUUUGUGUCCAGGAUAUCUGUAAAUUGGUUUAAGGGUUAGCAGCAUUUUGCUUUGUCUGGCAUUGUUCAAUGAGAUUUUAUUGUUAUUGUUAUUGCUAUUAUUAUUAUUAGUCAUUUUAUUAUUGAUAUUAUUAUUAUCAUCAUUUUAUUAUUAUUGAUAUCAUUAUUAUAGAUAUCUUUAUUAUUAUUGAUAUCAUUAUUAUAGAUAUCUUUAUUAUUAUUAUCAUCAUUAUCAUCAUCAUUAUUAGUACUACUACUACUACAAGUAUUAUUAUUUUCCUUCUUUUUUAAACAUAUAUCUCAUGUGCAUGUGUGUUUUUUGUGUGUGUAUUAUUCACAAAGCUCUUGUGUUGUAUAUACUUUGUUUAUACAUAAUAAUGAAUCUAUAUGUAGAGUAAGAGUAUGUAGAAAAUGAUAAACCAAUUUGGCUGCAAUCGAGUGAGUGGUUGUCAAAGUAGGAGAUUAAAUUUAUUGAAAAUGUCAGAUUAUAUAAAGGUAGAAAAAUCAUGAAAAUUGGGAAAAGUAUGAAAACUUACCUUUACAAAUAAAAAAUAAAUAAAGAAUAAAAAUUUUCUUGUAUCAUUGAAUCUUGUGAGAUAAAUUAAACAAAGACAGACUUGCAGAGCUGAAUUUGUAAAAUUUUGAGAUUUUAUUUUAUGCUGGACUGAUAUGUACCUAAAUCUUGUCUCGGCAUUUACUUUUUAAUCAUUUUAUUUUUCAUUUCUCCCCCUCAGUCAUAGAAUAUAAAUUCUUUAGACAAUGAAAUGGAUUAUAGGACAUGUAAUACAACAGUUAGAUUUUUCCCGCCUUCUUAUGUAAACAUUUUGGUCAAACUGUCUGAUUCUUCGACAGGAUGCUUAUGUUUGGAGUUGUAUCAACACAUUGUUUGUAUUUUGUUGUAGUAUCCUACAGCAAAAUAAGUUUUCGUUUAUUAGGAAAUAAGAUUUGAAAAAAGAAAAAUCAUGCUUUUUAUAUGAGCAUAACUAGUAAUAAAGCAGUUUUGUAUGUGAAUUAAUGAACAGCUGGUUAGAGAGAAAGAGAGAGCAAGUUAUGCUCAUACAAACACAUGAGAGAAAGAAAGAGUAAGUGACAAAGUGAGAGAGAGAAAGAGAUUAAUACAGGAAAGGCAGACAGAUCUUGUCAUCUUUUGCAUACAUUGUCUAGUCAUGUCUUCAAUUACUUUAGACCAGCUAUGCUAUCCAUAUCAUUCUAAAAGGACUCAUACUUUGCUAGAUGUGUGCUGGUUAACAUAGGAAUGCUAAUUACCAUUAAUACUAUUAUUGAAAAUUUUGUGUAGUGAAAGAGAAACACACACAAUACUGAUGAUGAUGAUGAUGCAACCAAGCUGCAGUCAAGAGAUGUAGGAAUGUUAAAUUCAUACUGCCUUAAGUCCUUCUUUGGUUGUAGCUCUGGGAAGUAUACAAGGAACAACUCUUACUGGGUGUGGGACUUGUUGGCGAGUUAAACUUUUGAACAUCCUGGUAUAUAAAACUUUUUCUGUAAAGUUCAUGUAUGGGACUGUUUAUUUUUAAUAGACUAUCCUUUGUAUUUUUUAGUUUUUAAGCUAGUGGAUUUGGUGUAUUUAUACUUGUGAGAUAGUGUUCAUAGAAUGUCUAUUUUCUGGUGGAUAUGAUUUUAGAUGUGUAUGCUAAGCUCUGUUGAUGUGCAUUCUGGUUAUUGUUACUGUGAAUGAAAACUGGGGGAAAUUUUUCUUAGUUGUUUUAAAGAUGUAUACUGUUAGGAUUUAUGAUUUGUUUGUAUGAUGGAAGUUAGAACUAGACAAACAUUUAUCUUCAUUAACUUACUAGAGUUUUGCCAAGUUUCCUCUUCUGUUUGCCAUUGUCUUCAGAAUGUUAAGCUCGUUCUGAAGUUGUGUGGUGCAAUGGUAGGGAUCUCAUCUAGCAGUCUUGGUGACCUGUGUUCUAAUCCCCUGCUGCCAGUGGAUGGCAAUCCCGGCCAUUCCUAGCACAUGGGAUAAUUUAGAAGCAAAAUGAGACAGACGGCAUGUCACACCAGGAAUAUCCAUUGUAACAAAUGGAAUCAAACUAAAUUGAUUAGAUUAAUUUGUUAAUUCCUUCUAGGGGUAUGUAUGCAGAUUGAAAAUUAAACUAAAGACCUCUGCAUGGAAAUUGAUCCACAAACAGAGACAUCCCAAGGCUCUGUGAGGGUUUUGCAGCAUUUGAUUUGCACGUUACAGUGCUUGAUAUUUUCCAUUUCAUAUUUUAGCCAAAAUUUCAGUGUGAUUAUUUAAUAGUAGAACUCCCAUGAAAUUCACUGGUUAUGAUAUAUCCUUCAGAAUUUUUUGCUUAUCGUACUGUUGAAGUUCAAAGAAAACAGUGUGAGACAGCUGGUAAUGAUUUAGAGGUUUUUAUGUUAUUGAAUGUGAAGUCAUUGUUGAGGAAAUCAAAGGAAUUAAAAUCCAUACAAGGAGCAGAAGCUUGGAGGUCUGGAUGGAUGCAUGUUGUGUGGUCUGCAUGGGAUAUCUUUUCCUCAUUCCUUUUUCAUUCUUACUUGCUUUUCUUUUCUUUUUUUUCCUUUUUUUUAAAUAAAUAUUGAUAUUGGGUUUUUUAUUUUUCUCAUUUCUAUAUCUUUUCUUUUUUGUAACAGAAAAAUGUGUAGCUUAUUAAUUUUUCAACAAUAUAAAGAAUGAAUGUCAAGAUGCAAUACACCUACCUAACUUGGAAUAGCUUUUGAAAUGACAGAGAGAGAGAGGGGGGGGGGGGAUGUAAUGUUGUUUGUAUAGGCAUACAAUUGGAGCAGGAGUUUGGAAAAGAAGAAAUGAAAAAGACAUUUGUAAAUGCUUAAAAAUACCUUUGGUUUAAAUAAAUAUAUAUAUAUUUAUGUGUGUAUAUAUAUAUAUAAACAUUUAUUGUUCAUUAGUUCUUUCUGUUUUUUCCUUUAUUCAUUCCUUGUUUAAUUCCAGUUUUUAAAGUGAGUCAUUACUUUUAAUUUUCAUAUCUUUGAAAGCCUUUUGUCUAUUUCAAAUCUUUCACAUUUGAUUACAUCAAGUAUUGAUAGACACUUUCUUCUAUUGAAAAAUGAAUUAUGAUGUUCACUUUAUUACUGUUAUUAUUGGGCAUAGUUCUCUAAGUUUCCAUUGUUGGGAGUCAUCCGCAUGAAAGCAGGCUACUUUUGGAAUGUCUGGAAUUUCUGCAUUAUCUAAUCAUCCAGAUUGUUCCUAUAGUAAAGUGUAUGUGUGCAAAAUCAGGCUUUGCACAGAACUAUGUGUGUGUCUUUGUGUGUGUAUCAUGUGCACUCAUGCUUGUGCAUAUAUUCUGCAGUUGUACAUAAUGACCUUAAAUGUUUUGUCAUACUCCAAGGCAGGUGAUGAAGAAAGUAGAAAGAGCUGCUUCCCUCCAACGAGGGGCAACAGCUGCGUAUAUCAUGUACAGUUUCAUUUCAUUAUGCAUAUACAGGUUCUUGCCUUGCUAUCAUUUUACAAGUCAUUAGUUUUCUUUUACCUGUGCCGAUGUGCAUCCUUAGGGAUAAAACGAUAAGGAGGUCAAAUGGUGAAAAAAUGCACAUUUCUUUCUUCAUCUGUGAAUACCUCUGGGGAAUGUUUGUUGAUGGCUGGUGGACAAGUGCACAUCAGAGGGCACAGGCAUGGAGUGAGAGACUGCUUGAGUGGAUGGAAGAGGGUUUUUAAUAUUUAUUGUCAUCAGCGGAUACUGUUCAACAUACUGUGUAUGUACCUUUAAUAAAAAAAUGUAUAUAAUAUUACAGUAUAUAUGGUAUUGAAUAUAUUGCUGCACAGAAUGGUUGGCUAAAAAUACCUUUUGUACAUUUGAGUUCCAGUAUUUGUAUAGUUAUGUAUAUUGCCCAAAUCUUGAAGAUAAUGGUAUUGUACCCUCUUAAUCAGUAAAUAUUAAAAUAAAAAAUCUUU